UUUUAAAUGAGUAAUAUAUAGAACAACCAUUUCCAAUUCUAAUUACUACUAGUAUUUUGCCUAAAUAUGGAAUCUGAAUCAUCCUCCUUACAAUGGCCACAACCUUGUCGCCACUUUAAAUUUCCUGAAAUCCGAUCAGCAACCAGAAACUUCGAUGAAUCACUAGUUAUUGGGCAUGGGGGAUUCGGAAAAGUUUACAAAGCUACCAUUCACGAUGGAUCAAGUCUUGUUGUUGCUGCCAUUAAACGACUGGAUUCCAAGUCCGAUCAAGGAGCCGAUGAGUUUUGGGCCGAAGUGAAGAUGCUUUCCAAGUUACGCCAUUGUCACUUAGUAUCUUUGAUUGGUUAUUGCGAUGAUGGGAAAGAAAUGAUCCUUGUCUACGAAUAUAUGCCUCAUGGAUCACUUGAAGAUCAUCUCCACAAACAUUCUACUCAUCUAUCAUGGCUUCAGAGGCUCAAACUCUGCAUCGGUGCUGCUCGUGGGUUAGAUUACCUCCACACGGGUACAGGCAUCGAGUUCGGAGUCAUUCAUCGUGAUGUGAAGAGUGCAAAUAUUUUGUUGCAUGAAAGUUGGGCUGCUAAAAUAGCGGACUUUGGGUUGUCCAAGAUAGGCCCAAAGGAUCAGCCUUUGAGUCAUGUAUUGACUCUUGUGAAAGGAACUUUCGGGUAUCUAGAUCCAGAUUACUUCUUAACUGGAAGGUUGACUAGAAAGUCCGAUGUUUAUGCUUUUGGGGUGGUUUUGUUUGAAGUGUUGUGUCGGAAACGUGCAUUGGAUGUAAGUCGUGAUAAGGAGGAGCAUCACAGUUUAGCAAGAUGGGUAGAAGAUUGUAUCAAAGAAGGCACUUUGAAGCAUUUGAUUGAUUCUGAUAUAAGGGAUCAAAUAUUACCAAAAUGUUUGAAAGGGUUUGUUCGUAUUGCAGAGCGUUGUUUGCAUAGCAGUAGAAAACAUCGUCCUACAAUGGCUGAAGUUGUGGUUACUCUUGAGUCUGUAUUGGCCUUACAAGAGAAAAACGAUAAUUCAUUGCAAUCGGGGAGUAGAACAAUAAUUGGUAGAAUGGUUGAUAUGUUACCAUUUGCAUAUAAUGCAGAGAAUUCAGGUUGGGUUGACAAGAACACUUUUAGCCCUUCAACCCCUGGUGUUGAAAUUGCUGUUACUGUUAAAAAAACACGCCAAGAAAGCUUUCAAGGACAUGAUGAAUGGUUGGGAUCUAGAGCAGUAGAUUGUUUCACAGAAUACGGUGAAUGGAGUAGGUAUAAACUAGAGGAGGUGAUAGGUACAGGAAGCUCAGGUGUUGUGUGUUCAGCAUUUGAUACUUUUGUUGGAGAAAAAGUAGCUAUAAAAAAGAUAAACGACAUUUUUGAACAAGGCUUUGUUGCCACUCGCAUCCUUCGUGAGAUUCUGCUUCUUAGGCUCCUUCGACAUCCAGACAUUGUGGAAAUAAAACAUAUCUUAUUGCCUCCUUCCAGAAGAGAAUUCAGUGAUAUAUAUGUUGUUUUUGAGCUUAUGGAAUCCGAUUUACAUCAGGUUAUAAAAGCAAACGAAAAGUUAACACAAGAACAAUGUCGCUUCUUUCUCUAUCAGCUUCUUCGAGGAUUGAAAUACAUGCACUCAGCAAAUGUGUUUCAUAGAGAUCUAAAACCGAAAAAUAUUUUGGUCAAUGCUGAUUGCAAGGUCAAGAUAUGUGACUUUGGUAUUGCAAGAGUUGUCUUCAAUGAUACACCUACUGCAGUAUGCUGGACAGAUUAUGUUGCAACAAGAUGGUAUAGAGCUCCUGAAUUGUGUGGAUCUUUUUUCUCUAAGUACACACAGGCUAUAGACACAUGGAGCAUUGGUUGUAUUUUUGCAGAACUUUUAACUGGAAAGCCUCUCUUCCCUGGGAAAAGUGUGUUUCAUCAGUUGGAUUUGAUGACUGAUCUUUUGGGAACACCAUCAACCGAAGCUAUAUCCAGAAUACGACAUGAGAAUGCAAUGAAAUACUUAAGCAAAAUGAGGAAGAAAAAGCCGAUUCCCUUCUCCAGAAAGUUUCCAAAUGCAGAUCCACUUGCUCUUCGAUUAUUAGAAAGAAUGCUUGCUUUUGAUCCUAACAAUCGUCCUACUGCUGAAGAGGCUCUUUCGGAUCCAUAUUUUAAGAAUUUGGGUAAAGUUGAGAGGGAGUCUUCUUCUCGACCUAUCACAAAGAGGGAAUUCGAGUUUGAAAAAAGAAGACUAAGUACAGAAGAUAUACGUGAACGUAUCUACAAGGAGAUUCUUGAAUAUCAUCCCAAUAUGUUGAAGGAUGGAUGCGAACAACCAGGCUUCAUGUAUCCAAGUGCUUUUGACAAAUUCAAGAAGCAAUUUUCUGAUAAGGAGGAGCAUUACAGCAAGGGUAAAGUUGCUUCUCCCCUACUGAGACGCCAGUCCUUAUCUUUGCCAAGGGCUUCCAUUUUAUACCCAAAAGAGACUACACAAACUAGUUCAAUCAAAGAAUCCAGGACACAAUGCAUGACUUCUGAGAUGCCAAAUUCCAUACCACUUCUACAAUUUCCUCAAAGUACUCAAGGUUUGAUGAUUCAGUGAAUGAGAUUAUAUUUGUAUUAUUCUUAUGUCAUUGGUUUUAGUGAUAGCUUUGCUAGUAGGUGGGAGGUGAUUCUUGGUGUUAACUCUUGUUGUAAAAGUAUACAAGGAAGAACCCCUUAAAAUUCAUAUAUUUAAGCUUACAAA